CAUGUUUCAAACGUACUGAAUACAAACAAAAUGGCAGCCCCCUGUUCACCUCUUUUAUUUUAUUUUAAAUAAUAUAUUAUUUUGAAUUAAAAUACAAAAUGUCAGGCAUAGAGACUUGGGUAAACGAUAAGUUGCACGAUAUACUAGGCAUAUCGGAUAGAUUUAUUGCACAAUAUUUGAUUGGAUUGGCUCAGAAAGCCAAAUCUGACGAUGAAUACAUUGAAAAAUUGAAGGAUACAGGUACCAUCGAUAUUAACGAUAAAGUGGAGAAGUUUUCAAGAGAACUUUGGAACAAGGUACCUCACACUGUUGUGAAAGAGAGUGCAUCCAAGGUCCAUGCAAGAUCUGUUCUGGAAGCACAAAAGAAGAACGAUAGCUACCAGUUACUGUCUGAUGAUGAUGAUGAUGACAUCAACGAUUACAGUGCAGACAGAGACAAAUUUUCAAAGCCAAAAAACACUGCGUUGGAAAAGAAAUCUAGACAGCUCCGAAAAAGACAGGAAGACGACAACUCUGAAAGUGAAGAAGAGACGGUCAUCAAAUCCAGGAAAAGAAGGCAGCAAGAUAACAAUGACCGCGAUGAUGAUGAUGACGAUGAUGAUGACUCUGAAGAUGAGUUUGAAAAGGAUGAUCGUGAGAGACAGAAGGAUCUGGAGGAGAGAGAUGCUUUCGCUGAUCGACUGAAGGAGAAAGAUAAGGGGAAGACGAGAAAUGUUGUCUCCAAGUCAGAGAGAAAGGCCCAGGAAGAGGCUCAGAAGCGUCUGAAGCUUGAGGAGUCAGAGAACCGAGGGAAGAUCAUCCCCGAGCUGAGGAAGAAGUCCCGGAGGGAGUACCUGAAGAAACGACAGGUGGACAAGCUGCAGGAGCUCGAGGAAGACAUACAGGACGAGAUGUACCUGUUUGGAGACCAGAACCUGACGGCUCGGGAGCGCCGGGACCUGGAGUACAAGAAGACCGUUCUGAAACUGGCCAAGGAGCACAGGUCUGCAGGGGACAUCGAGAAGGUGAACAGGUACUUCAUACCCAAGGAGGAUGACAAACCUCAGGACAAGUACUUUGAGGAAGAGGGGGCCAAAGGCCCUAAUUCAGAGCAGCAGAAAUGGGAAGAGCUGCAUGUGGGAGCAGCAUUGAUGUCUUUUGGGGCAAAAGAUUCCAAAGAGAAAGCCAAAGAGAAAAACAAAGUGAAGGAGUAUGAUGUGAUAAUGGAUGAGGAGAUAGAGUUUGUUCAAGCCCUACAGAUGCCUGGGACCAUAACAGACAAGGUUAUGGAGGAGGUGGAGUUGUCUGAGAAACAGAAGAAGAAGUUGUCUAUCAAGGAGACGCAGCGCUCCCUGCCCAUCUACCCCUUCAAAGGGGGCCUACUGGAGGCCAUAGAACAGUUCCAGGUGUUGAUCAUAGAAGGCGAGACGGGAUCCGGGAAAACAACUCAGAUACCACAGUACCUUUAUAAGGCAGGUUUCUGCAAGGACGGUAUGAAGGUUGGCUGUACCCAGCCCAGACGUGUGGCCGCCAUGUCAGUAGCAGCCAGAGUGGCCGAAGAGAUGGGGUUCAAACUGGGAAAUGAGGUUGGGUACAGUAUACGGUUUGAGGACUGCACGUCUGAGAGAACGGUAAUCAAGUACAUGACAGAUGGCAUGCUGCUCCGAGAGUUUCUCACUGAACCAGACUUGAAAACAUACAGUGUCCUGAUCAUUGAUGAGGCCCAUGAGCGCACACUGCACACAGACGUAUUGUUCGGUCUUGUGAAAGACAUUGCACGGUUCCGGCCGGAUCUGAAGCUGCUUAUCUCCAGUGCCACUCUUGAUGCUGAGAAAUUCUCGCAGUUCUUUGAUGAUGCUCCAGUUUUCAGAAUCCCUGGUAGGAGAUUUCCAGUGGAUAUUUACUAUACCAAGGCCCCGGAAGCAGACUACAUAGAUGCGGCGGUGGUGUCGGUGCUGCAGAUCCACUGCACACAGCCAGAGGGGGAUGUCCUGGUGUUCCUGACAGGUCAAGAGGAGAUUGAGACGGCCAGUGAAAUGUUGAUGGAAAGAACCAGAAAGCUAGGUUCAAAAAUCAAGGAGCUCAUAUUGCCGAUCUACGCCAAUCUUCCAGUACUCCAGUCUAAGAUCUUCGACCCAACCCCCCCUGGCGCACGCAAGGUGUUACUAUAA